UAGCUUUGUCCACCCCGGCACAACGCGCAGUGAAAAGAGAAAGGCAUUUGGCAGUUAUGGUUGAUCAGCAUUUCUUCUUUUUAUCCUCUUCGGUGCAUUAGUGAGGCAAAUGUGUUCAUAAUAAACAGGCGUCGUAGAACAUUAGUAAGUCGUACAAUGGAGCAUACGUUGUCAUACCUAACAAGGAACGUUCAUAUUUACCCGUGAGUGAGAUUACUUCGGCAGCACAACAGUGUGAGUUUAGCCGUCAACACGGGGAUAAUGCAUCACUGGACUGUAUUCCUGUUGUUGGCGACUGCAUCAGUGGGCAUCGUUGAGAUGUUUGACAAUUAUGGAGAGAUAUGUCGAAGAUUGUGUGCCUGUGAGGAGAAAGAGGGGAUACUGACUGUGGGCUGUGAAAGUAGAGGAAUAGUCGAUCUCUCUGAAGUUAGCCCUGUGUACUUCACAACCUAUAAUUUACUGCUCACGGGGAACCUUUUGAAGAGGCUCUCCACCAAUGACUUUGUUGAAUACAAUGGGCUUACAAUAUUGCAUCUGGGCAACAAUGACAUAUCUACAGUUGAACCAGGAGCUUUUAAUGGACUUCAAGGAUUAAAAAGAUUACAUCUCAACAAUAACCAAAUGGAUGCCUUGACGGAAGAUCUUUUCAUCGGCCUUGAAAGUCUGGAAUAUCUUCAGCUAGACUACAAUUCCAUCGCCCAUGUCGAGCCAAAAGCCUUCAGCAAACUGCAUCGUCUGGAGGUCCUAAUUUUAAAUGACAACAUCAUUUCUACUCUUCCCACUGACAUUUUCCAACAUGUCCCUUUGACUCACCUUGACCUGAGGGGGAAUCAACUGAAACUAUUCCCUUAUUUGGGUCUUUUGGAACACAUGGACAGCAUUAUAGAAUUACAACUAGAGGAGAACCCAUGGAACUGCUCUUGUGAGCUGAUUGCACUGAAGGCCUGGCUCGAGAGCAUAUCCUACACCGCUUUAGUGGGUGAUGUGGUCUGUGAGUUUCCAUUCCGGCUUCAUGGGAGAGAUCUUGAUGAAGUCUCUAAACAGGAACUGUGCCCCAGGAGAGCUAUUGCAGAGUAUGAGAUGCGUCCCCGGGCACAUCAGACCACUGAUGCAUACUUCAGGACCACACGAGCCUCAGUUACAUCCUCAUUCACAUCCCGGUCAAGGCCCACCAAGGGACCUCGCCAGUCAGGCAAGUUAAAGUCAAAACCCACAUCUCGCAUCCCCUCCAAUAAACCGCAAAACUAUGGUCAAAUAGUUUCAUAUCAAACCAAAUCCCCAAUGCCGUUGGACUGUCCUACUGCCUGUACUUGCAAUCUCCAAAUUUCAGACCUUGGUCUGAAUGUCAACUGCCAAGAGAGAAAGAUUGAGCGAAUCUCUGACUUAAAUCCCAAACCCUACAAUCCCAAAAAGAUGUAUCUCACAGGGAAUUUUAUCCCUGUGGUGCGGAGAUCAGAUUUCAUUGAAUUGAUUGGAUUAGAUUUGCUUCACCUUGGCAACAAUCGGAUCGCUCACAUCCAUGACCGAGCCUUUGGGGAUUUAACACACUUACGCAGGCUGUACUUGAAUGGGAAUUUGAUAGACCGUCUCACAGUCGAUAUGUUCUUUGGAUUAGAGAGUCUGCAGUUCCUAUAUUUAGAAUACAAUGUCAUUAGAGAAAUUGUUUCAGACACCUUUCAGCAUGUCUCCAACCUUCAGCUGCUCUUCCUAAACAAUAACCUCCUGAAGACCUUACCCCGGGGAAUCUUUAAUGGGUUGACAUUGGCCAGACUAAAUCUUCGUAAUAAUCACCUCCGCAGCCUGCCUGUCAGUGGCGUGUUGGGUCAACUGACGUCACUGGUGCAGGUAGACUUGUUCGAGAACCCCUGGGAUUGCGGCUGCUCCGUCAUGAAGAUGAAGAUGUGGCUGGAACAGCUCAGCAGUGGCACGGUUGUGGACAAUGUCAUCUGUGGCUCCCCUAAGAAGCUGUUCGGGGAGGAUAUGCGAUACAUUAAGACAAUUAAUUUCUGCCUAAAUAACUCUGAUAUCCUUGCGUCCAUGAUCCCACCUUCGGAAGAAUCUGUUCCCGGGAGCACCAUCACCAUAGAAACAUCAUUAGAUUACGACACACAGAUCAACGGUGUUCCCCUGUCUGUUACGAUCCUUGCCCUGCUCCUGAUGUUCAUCGUUUCGGUGUUUGUCGCCGCGGGACUGUUUGCAGCUGUGAAGAAGAGACGUCAAAAGACACUAAAUGAGCAGAAUAACUCCAUGAACGCGUGCAUUAGUUCGCUGAACAUGGAGUACGGUCUUUACAAAAAGGGAUCCAUUCCAAAAGUCAGAACGUCUGCAGGGCAUGUGUACGAGUACAUCCCCUCUCCCACUGAACAAACGUGCAAAAACACCGUCUGUAGCCCCACAGUGUAUCGGCCAAUGGAGAACAAAUCAGUAGAUGGGUACAGAGACUUUGAUCAGUUGAAUGUGACGUUUCUGAAUAAUCACUCGGAAGAAGAGGCGGGUAGUAACGCAAUAAGUGCUGAAUACGGUGUUAGUACUCCACUCAACAAACACUCCCCUUUACAAGACGAUGUCCUAGACCCAGACGAGCCGUCACCCUACAGCAGUACUUUACCAUGCAGGCAUACUGCCCAUUCAUCAAAUCAGUAUAACUCAGACUUUAAUGUCAGACAUCAAUACACGCACCCAGAAAGAAUACAGCAGACAAUAUUGUAUUGCACAGCACCGAGUGCUGUUUAUGUUGAACCUAACAUAAGUGAGUACUGGGAACUGAAAGCCAAACUUCAUAGUGAUCCCGACUACCUUGAAGUUCUUGAGAAACGUACCACGUUCACCCAGUUUUGAAUGACUUGAUUUUCUUCCUUGACUGGUUGAGUAGUUGCAUUGGGGUAAGCUGUGCUCAUGUUGGGAAAAUGUGUGGAUCUAUCUUUUGAAACUAUACAGACAUGCAGAGGCUUCCCUUAACAACGUAAAGCAAUGGGUAUUCCGUUAGCUUUGUUUAUUCUUGAUCAAUUUACAGUCUCGCUUUGAGAAACUUUGAUUUUUUUUUAAAGUUAUCCAAUCUCUGUGCCAACAACUAUGUAAAUAUGCAGUUUUACGUAUGCUUGUUGCAAUUUUAAAAACGAGAGGCUCUACUGGCUUCUGUAUGCAUCAUCAUCAUCAUCAGCUAUAUGGCUAAACAAUGUUUUUAAAAGAUAAAUGUAUAAUCUAUACUUCAUAAGAGAUAUUUGGGGUGGUACAGUUUAUCAUUUUCAAUAAUUGUCUAUUUUUAUACAAGAAUUUGAGGAUGUAAUUCUUCUGUUUUUGUUUUAAUGACUUUGCACUGAUUGACAGGAACAGGUCAACAACGAAUAUGAUGUCACUUUCUGAUAUAUAUAUAUAUAUAUAUAUAUAUA